GGGCGAACGUGGCCAUUGGUUUUACAUCCGUCUGAAAACGACGUCGUUUAUCUAUACUUCAGCUUUCUGCAGACAACAACGCCAAAUACCCUCAGCCUAUUUCUCCUUCCUUCCCAAUUAGACAGAUUUUCGAACCCAGAAAAACGGGAGGACGACGAUGAUGACGUACGCAGCCCCAGCGUCAAGGCCUCUGUGUUUCAACACCCAACCGUCGGUUGCUCUUCACAACGGUCUUCUCAGUGCGGCUACUAGUACUAGUAGUACCAUCGGUUGUAGCAGAAGCUCAAGGAAGGUCGUGGGUUCAGUUAAAGCCUCGUCGUCUCCCACAAGACCCACCUUGUCCACCAAUUGGGAUUUCCAGUUCCCCGCUGCUACUGCCCCGUCUCCUACACGCGUCCCCAGAUUCGAAGAGCUCGACACCACCAACAUGCUCCUCCGCCAGAGAAUCAUCUUCUUGGGCUCUCAGGUGGAUGACAUGACGGCGGAUUUGAUCAUAAGCCAGCUGCUGUUUCUGGAUGCUGAAGACCCCCAAAAGGACAUUACAUUGUUUAUCAAUUCACCCGGUGGCUCGGUUACGGCUGGAAUGGGAAUAUAUGAUGCAAUGAAAAUGUGCAAGGCAGAUGUUUCAACUGUUUGCUUCGGGCUUGCUGCUUCAAUGGGUGCAUUUCUCCUUGCUUCCGGCUCAAAAGGAAAGAGGUACUGCAUGCCUAAUGCAAGAGUGAUGAUCCAUCAACCUCUUGGAACUGCUGGAGGCAAAGCAACAGAAAUGGGUAUACGAAUUAGAGAAAUGGCAUACCACAAGAUUAAAUUGAACAAGAUAUUGUCAAGAAUCACAGGAAAGCCGUUUGAACAGGUUGAGGAGGAUACAGACCGUGAUAAUUUCAUGAAUCCCUGGGAAGCUAAGGAUUAUGGGUUGAUUGAUGAUGUUAUUGAUGAUGGAAAGCCAGGGUUGGUUGCACCAAUUGGAGAUUCCACACCCCCACCUAGAACAAAAGUCUGGGAUAUGUGGAAAGUAGAAGGUACCAAGAAAUCCAGAAAGAAUUUACCCUCAGAGCAGAAAAAUUUAGAGAAAGGUUUGGAAGCACCUACUGCAACAUAGGACCUUUGACAAGACUACUGUCUCAUUUGAAUUUUGAUAAUGUUUAUCUUUUAUCAAUGUCAUAAUGCUUACCUCUCAAAGUAGUCUUUUUGUACAUUCAUUAUCCAAAAUAGUGAACAUAGAUUAUUAGAAAUGAUUUAGGUGAUUAAAUUUAUCCCUCAUUUCUGUCAGCGGGAAGGACUAAACUUCUGUUUCUCAAAAUUUGGCUUUUGGUCUUAGCAGUUACUCUAAAGGCAAAUUUUUGUGGAAUCUGUUUCUCGAUAGGUGUCCUGGUGGAAAAGGACUUCGUUA